GAGCCGUCAGUUCUGUUGAGGUGCCGGGGAACGGUAAGGACAGACGCGUGUGGUGUGCUGUGAUAUUUUGUUAAGUAAACGAGUGAGUUUCGAAAAUUUUUAUUUUGAGAGAUAAGAGUGAACUAUAUUCAUGAUAGUGAACAAGGGUUUAUUUGAGCGACGGUGAAGACUUUUAGGGAAUGCUGAUUCGGAUACCGGCGACCAUUACGGUCGCCCUCUUGGCCAUUUUUAGGAUAAGUUUAGCACAGAAUUCAUCUAGCAACCUAUUUAGUUGUCCGAACGGUUGGGAACUCCGAGGACUGCAUUGUUAUAAGUUCUUCAAUAUUAGACAUUCUUGGGAAAAAGCAGCGGAACUUUGCAGAAGGUAUGGCAGCGACUUGAUGUCGGUAGAAUCCUACGGAGAAAAUAAUUUAACGGCAACGAUCGCAACUGCUUCAGUACCCAUAGAACGACGAGGGGUCAACCAUUACUGGUUGGGUUUGGCAUCUUUAGAUGACCUCCGAACUAAUACGUUAGAAUCAGCAGCCGGAACACUAGUUUCUCAGUAUUCCGGUUUCUGGUCGCAACAUCAACCCGAUCCCAAAGCCGGGGAAUGCGUCGAUGUUGCCGUCACGGAAGAAAACGAAUCGUGGGAACUGACAACAUGCGAGAGUUUGCUCCCUUUCAUGUGCCGAUCCAAAGCAUGUCCCUCGGGAUCCUACCACUGUUCCAACGGGAACUGCAUCAACGAAAAGUUCAGAUGCGACAAAGAGGACGAUUGCGAAGACGGCUCUGACGAAAUCGACUGUGCAGCUAAUUGCAAUUUUUACCUCGCAAGUAGUGGUGACGUUGUUGAAAGUCCCUACUACCCACACAAAUACGCACCCUUGACUAACUGCAAAUGGACCCUGGAAGGACCGCAAGGACACAAUAUCCUCCUCCAGUUCCAAGAAUUUGAGACUGAAAAGACCUUCGAUACUGUGCAAAUUCUAGUCGGGGGACGAACUGAAGACACCUCUGUGAAUCUCGCAACGUUAUCUGGAAAACAAGACUUGACGAACAGAUCGUUUGUCUCGGCUUCGAAUUUCAUGAUUAUUAAGUUUAGCACCGAUGCUUCGGUUGAACGAAAAGGCUUUAGAGCGUCUUGGAAAACUGAACCGCAGACUUGUGGCGGUACCUUACGUGCCACUCCUCAGGCCCAAGUUUUGACGUCUCCUGGAUAUCCGGAACAAUAUCCUGGAGGACUCGAGUGUCUCUACAUAAUUCAGGCCCAGAACGGGCGAAUUAUCACACUCGAAAUCGACGAUUUGGAUUUGGAUAACAUCAGGGAUUAUAUCCUUGUCCGUGAUGGUGACUCUCCCAAAAGUCAAGCUAUUGCACGACUGACCGGCGAUUUGGAAAACAACCAAAGAGUUGUGAUUUCAACAAACAGCAAACUCUACUUAUAUUUUAAGACCAGUCUGGGUGAUUCGAACCGCGGUUUUAGGAUCAGAUACACCCAAGGUUGCAGAGCAACAAUCGUUGCGCGAAAUGGCACUUUAAUGUCGCCCGCUUACGGUCUGAGUCAGUAUCCAAGUAACCAGGACUGUUUGUACAAAAUCAGGAAUCCGGGAGGCGGGCCAUUGUCGCUGAAUUUCGAAAACUUUAAUGUUGAUAAAUCCGAUUUUGUGCAAGUUUACGAUGGGGCCACGACUAGUGGGCUGCGGCUUCACUCAGGAAACGGAUUUACGGCCGAUUCAAAACCCAAAAUCACGCUUACGGCAUCAAGUGGUGAAAUGUUGGUCAGAUUUACGACUGAUGCUUUACAUAGUAGUGAAGGCUGGCUUGCGACUUUCUCUGCCGAUUGUCCUCAAUUACAACCGGGAGCUGGUGCAAUGGCGUCAAGUAGAGAUACGGCUUUCGGAACCAUCAUCACGUUUAAUUGUCCGACUGGUCAAGAAUUCGCAACAGGACGUAAUAGAUUAACCACUCAGUGCCUGCCUGGUGGUAACUGGUCUGUGAGUUAUAUCCCGAAAUGUCAGGAAGUUUACUGCGGACCGGUUCCGCAAAUUGAUAAUGGAUUUUCAAUUGGUUCUACCAAUGUAACCUACCGGGGGCAGGCAAUGUACCAGUGCUAUGCCGGGUUUGCGUUUCCUACCGGACAGCCAAUUGAGAAAAUCUCAUGUUUAUCAGAUGGCCGAUGGGAGAAAAAACCCAACUGUCUUGCAUCUCAAUGUGCUGCGCUUCCGGAAGUACCGCACGCUAAUGUUACGAUAUUAAACGGCCAAGGCCGUUCGUACGGAACCAUAGUGCGAUACGAGUGUGAACCUGGAUACAUAAGAACAGGACCACCUGUAAUCCUAUGUAUGAGUAAUGGCACCUGGUCUGGUGAAGUACCAACAUGUUCAAGAGCUAAAUGUCCCGAGUUCCCCGAAAUCAAAAACGGGUUUUUCACUGACACUUCCCGUUCUUAUUUCUUUAAUGACGAAGCCCGUGUCCAGUGUUACAAAGGUUACAAACUUGUGGGCAACAACAUCCUGAGAUGUGGUGAAAACCAAAUUUUCAACAACCCUCCGAAGUGUGAGGAUAUCAAUGAAUGUAUCAGUAGUCAGUGUGACAGUGCCUCGACUGAAUGUAUCAACUCGCCCGGUUCGUUCCAUUGCAAAUGUCGCAAAGGCUUCUCGCCUACGUUAGAAUGCCGACCAGUUGGCGAUCUCGGUCUCACUAACGGCGGAAUUCCAGAUGAGGCAAUUACAGUUUCAAGCAGCGAAUCUGGAUACGAUAAAACGAUGGUGCGUCUUAACAGUGGUGUAGGUUGGUGUGGAAAUACCAACGAGCCGGGUUCCAACUGGGUACUCAUCGACUUGAAAGCCCCAACUAUAAUCCGAGGAUUUAGAACAACAAGCGUACCACGUCCUGACGGCAGUCUCGCUUUCACUUCAGCCGUUCGGAUCCAAUACACCGAUGACCUCACUGAUGUGUUCAAAGAUUACAGAAAUCCCGAUGGUACCGCAGUUGAAUUCAGAAUUUUGGAACCUACUUUAUCGAUAUUAAAUCUCCCUGUACCAAUUGAAGCACAAUACAUCAAGUUCAAGGUUCAAGAUUACGUUGUUGCGCCAUGCUUGAAACUCGAAGUUAUGGGCUGUACCAGGUUGGAAUGUGCUGAUAUUAACGAAUGUGCGGUUGAUAACGGCGGGUGCGACCAAAAGUGUAUUAACAGUGCCGGGGACUUUUCGUGUAGUUGCAAUGUCGGGUUCGAGCUUUAUGCGGGAAACGGUACCGCUGCGUACUAUAUUGAAAAAUCCGAAAACGGGUUAAGAGAUGGUGAUACGUACCAAGUAAACAAAUCGUGUGUUCCGGUGAUGUGUCCGAGUUUAUCAGCGCCCGAAAACGGAGUCAUCUUAUCAACGAAAGAAAAGUACCACUUUGGUGACCUAGUCAGGUUCCAGUGCAACUUCGGGUAUGUUUUAUCCGGAUCCUCUGCACUUUUGUGUACUUCCACCGGAAACUGGAACGGUACUAUGCCCGAAUGUUCAUAUGCUAAAUGCGUUUCACUACCUGAUGAUAAAAAUGAAGGCCUAAAAAUAUUAAGAGCUGACGAAAGUAGCGUUUUAGUACCGUUUAGAGAGAACGUCACUUUGACUUGCGGUAGUACCGGACGGAAAUUAAGAGGAACUUAUACGUCCGGUUUCAGGCAAUGCGUCUAUGACCCUAAACCCGGUUUCCCCGAUUAUUGGUUGAGCGGUGCUCCCCCAUCGUGCCCCCGCGCCGACUGUGGAAUCCCCCCACCUACUCCCGGGGCCGAAUAUGGAAAAUACGUCGAUACCAAAUACCAAUCGUCUUUUUUCUUCGGUUGUCAAAACACUUUCAAACUAGCUGGUCAAAGUAGCAAACAUGAUAAUAUCGUCCGAUGCCAAGCAAAUUCCGUAUGGGAUUUCGGUGAUUUACGCUGCGAGGGUCCCGUUUGUGAAGACCCGGGACGUCCAAGUGAUGGUCAUCAAAUCGCCCGCAGCUACGAGCAAGGCUCUGAAGUCAGUUUCGGUUGCAACAGGCCUGGGUAUAUUUUAAUUAAUCCCAGACCGAUAACUUGCGUGCGAGACCCGGAGUGUAAAGUCGUGAGACCUCUUGGACUUGCCUCGGGGAGAAUUCCAGAUUCCGCUAUUAACGCAACUAGUGAAAGACCGAAUUACGAAGCGAGGAAUAUUAGGUUGAAUUCGGUCACGGGAUGGUGCGGAAAACAAGAAGCUUUUACUUAUGUUAGUGUCGAUUUGGGAAAAGUGUAUCGCGUUAAAGCCAUUCUAGUAAAAGGCGUUGUUACUAAUGAUAUCGUCGGACGGCCCACUGAGAUCAGAUUCUUCUACAAACAAGCGGAAAAUGAGAAUUACGUAGUCUAUUUCCCCAAUUUUAAUCUCACGAUGAGAGAUCCCGGAAACUACGGAGAACUAGCAAUGAUUUCACUCCCUAAAUAUGUCCAAGCCAGAUUCGUUAUUUUAGGAAUUGUGAGCUAUAUGGACAAUGCGUGUCUGAAAUUCGAACUGAUGGGUUGCGAUGAACCCGACACGGAACCACUCUUGGGUUACGACUAUGGGUACUCUCCGUGCGUUGAUAACGAGACACCUGUUUUCCAAAACUGCCCACAACAACCUAUUGUUGUACAAAAAGAUGCCAACGGCGGACUUCUCCCAAUCAAUUUCACAGAACCAACCGCGGUUGAUAAUUCCGGAAGUAUUGCCCGGCUUGAAGUCAAACCGGCAAACUUUAAAACACCAAUGUAUGUUUUCCAAGACACCGUAGUUAAAUACGUCGCGUUCGAUUACGACGGAAAUGUGGCCAUUUGUGAAAUAAACAUCACAGUUCCUGACCAUACUCCACCGAAAUUGAGCUGUCCUCAAAGCUAUGUUAUCGAAUUAGUCGACAGGCAAGACAGUUACGUUGUUAAUUUCAACGAAACUCGCCGUAGGAUCAACACCACUGAUGAUUCUGGUGAAGUCUUUGUUACUUUCAUCCCCGAUAAAGCUACUAUAGCUAUUGGCACCUUUGAAAAUGUAACAGUUGUUGCGGCAGACAAAUACGGGAAUAGAGCUACUUGCCACUUCCAAGUCUCGGUACAAGCAACUCCUUGUGUUGAUUGGGAACUUAAGCCGCCAGUUAAUGGAGCUUUAAAUUGUUUACCCGGGGAUAAAGGGUUACAAUGUAUUGCUACAUGUAAUCCUGGCUACAGAUUUACUGACGGUGAUCCGGUAAAAACUUUCUCGUGUGAUGCUAAAACACCAUGGACUCCGACAUCGGUAGUACCAGACUGUGUGUCAGAAAAUACUCAACAGGCAGAUUAUCACGUUACUGCUACAGUCAACUAUCGGGCAAAUGGGGCCGUUGCCACAGCUUGUCUCAAUCAAUAUUCCGAGCUGAUUUCUCAGUACUACACAAAUCUUAACAAUAUUUUAUCAGAAAGAUGUUCGGCUGUUAACGUAAAAAUGGCUGUCUCGUUCUUGAAAGCUGUACCUUCGUUAAUUAAAGAAAACGUGGUGAAAAUUGAUUACAUUUUGAAUAUUAUACCGGUCGUACGGCAACCCCAAUUGUACGACCUUUGUGGCAGUACUUUGAGCUUAAUGUUUGACCUGUCGGUACCAUACGCAAAUGCUGUCAUUGAACCGUUACUAAAUGUGUCUGCAAUUGGUAACCAAUGCCCGCCACUCAAAGCUUUGAAUUCGACAAACAUCAGAGGAUUCACUUGUAGUGUAGGUGAAGUACUUAACAUGGACACUAAUGACGUUCCGAGAUGCCUACACUGUCCUGCUGGAACUUACGCAGGAGAGAAACAAAAAGAGUGCACAUACUGCCCACGCGGGUACUACCAAAAUCGGGACCGUCAAGGUUCUUGUAACCGUUGUCCUCAAGGUACCUACACUCGCGAAGAGGGUUCAAAGAGCGUUCACGAUUGUAUCCCCGUCUGUGGUUACGGUACUUACUCCCCCACGGGCCUAGUACCAUGUCUAGAGUGCCCCCGUAACAGUUUCACAAGUGAACCCCCAACCGGAGGCUUCAAAGACUGCCAAGCUUGUCCCGCUAAUACCUUUACGUACCAACCUGCAGCCCCCGGCAAAGACCGCUGCAGGCCCAAGUGCAGCCCAGGGUACUACUCCCCAACCGGUCUAGCUCCGUGUUCCGCCUGCCCACGCGAUUUCUAUCAAUCCUUACCCGGACAAACGUCAUGCAAUGAAUGUCCAACAAAUAUGAAAACUGAAGGACCUGCAGCGACCGGUCGCGAUGAAUGCCAUCCGGUGCAAUGCACGGAAAACGCCUGCCAACACGGCGGCCUUUGCGUACCUCUGGGUCACAACAUCCAGUGUAUUUGCCCGGCUGGAUUUUCCGGAAGGCGUUGUGAAAUUGACAUUGACGAAUGCUCCUCACAACCGUGCUAUAACGGUGGUACUUGCGUCGAUUUGCCGCAGGGCUACAGGUGUCAAUGCGCCCCCGGCUAUGCUGGGAUUAAUUGCCAGGAAGAAAGGUCAGACUGCAGGAAUGACACUUGCCCAGAACGAGCAAUGUGUAAAGACGAACCAGGCUAUAACAACUACACUUGUCUUUGCCGCUCUGGUUACACUGGAGUUGAUUGUGACAUUACGAUUGACCCUUGCAGUGCCUCAGGAAACCCCUGUAAUAACGGUGCAACUUGCAUUGCUUUGCAACAAGGCAGAUUCAUGUGUGAAUGCCUGCCUGGUUGGGACGGCCAAACUUGCGACAUCAACAUAGACGACUGUGCCGAAAAGCCAUGUCUACUAGGCGCCAACUGCACUGAUUUAGUUGCCGACUUUAGCUGUAGUUGUCCUCCAGGGUUCACGGGAAAACGAUGCCAAGAGAAAAUCGAUCUGUGCGGCCGCAAUCCUUGCAAAAAUGGCAUUUGUGUUGAUAAACUGUUCUACCAUGAGUGCGUCUGUUACCCAGGUUGGGCCGGCGAAUCUUGCGAAUCAAACAUCAAUGAUUGUGCCCAAAAUCCUUGCGAGAAUGGAGGACAUUGUAUCGACGAAAUCAAUGACUUCACCUGCACGUGCGAACCCGGAUUUACCGGGAAAAAAUGCCAACACACCAUCGAUUUUUGCUCGUCGAAACCAUGCCAAAACGGUGCCAGUUGCACCGAUUUAGUCGACGGUUUUUCGUGCAAAUGUCGUCCGGGUUUCGUCGGUUUGCAGUGUGAGGCCGAGAUUGAUGAAUGUUUGAGCGAUCCUUGCAAUCCCAUCGGUACGGAACGAUGCGUCGAUUUGGACAAUAAAUUCGUGUGCAUGUGUCGCGAGGGCUACUCUGGCACGUACUGCGAAGAAAAUAUUGACGACUGCCGAUCUGAUCCUUGUCUAAAUGGAGGAUCAUGUCGGGAUGAUGUAGGGUCGUAUAAAUGUAUCUGCCAGCCAGGGUGGACGGGUACCAAUUGCGAAACAGACAUUGGAAGUUGUUACUCCAAACCGUGCCAAAACGAUGCCAAAUGUAUCAAUCUCUUCCAAGACUAUUUCUGCGUGUGUCCCUCGGGAACUGACGGCAAACAGUGUGAAACAGCCCCUGAGCGAUGUAUCGGAAACCCUUGCAUGCAUGGAGGCAAAUGCCAAGAUUUUGGAUCGGGACUUAACUGUUCUUGCUCCGAUGGAUUCACCGGCAUAGGGUGUCAGUACGAGUACGAUGCUUGUCAAGCAAAUGCGUGCAAAAAUGGAGCAACUUGCACCAACGAUCCGUUCGGAUUCAAAUGUGUUUGUGCUCCAGGAUUUACCGGGAAAUACUGCGAGGAGGAUAUCAUUGAUUGUAAAGAGAAUUCGUGUCCUCCGAGCGCCACUUGUAUCGAUCUUACAGACCGGUUUUACUGUCAAUGUCCAUUCAAUCUAACUGGCGAAGACUGCCGCAAAACAAUUUCCGUGGAUUAUGACUUGUACUUUAGCGACGCGACACGAAGCUCAGCCUCUCAAGCCGUUCCGUUCUACACCGGUUCUAAAUCAAGUCUGACAAUUGCAAUGUGGAUUCAGUUCACUCAAAAAGACGAGAAUGGGAUUUUCUUCACGUUGUAUAGUGUGUCAUCUAAACACAUUCCUAAAGACAGGAAACCGUUAAUCCAAGCUCAUUCAAACGGUGUUCAAGUGUCACUCUUCCCCGACAUCCAAGACGUUUAUCUCAGUUAUCGAGACUACACCACCAUAAAUGAUGCCCAAUGGCACCAUAUCGCGAUUGUAUGGGAUGGUGAAAACGGUGGAGAACUCAAAUUAAUCACCGAGGGUUUGAUUGCCAGCAAAGUGGAGGGUUACGGAAGCGGACGCAAAUUACCCGAAUAUGCUUGGGUUACGUUAGGUAAACCCCAAUCCGGUAACCCCAAAGCUUACACCGAAUCCGGCUUCCAAGGCCAUUUGACCAAAGUGCAAAUCUGGGGACGCGCUUUAGACGUUACUAACGAAGUCCAAAAACAAGUCAGGGAUUGUCGGACCGAACCCGUCCUCUAUAGAGGCCUAAUCCUGACUUGGGCUGGCUACGAAGAAACAGUCGGAGGUGUCGAACGAAUAGUACCCUCUCACUGUGGCCAUAGAGUUUGUCCUCCGGGUUAUAUCGGUGCUAAAUGCCAGGAACUCCAAGUCGAUAAAAUUGCCCCGAAGGUUGAAUACUGCCCUGGUGAUUUAUGGAUCAUCACAAAGAAUGGAUCAGCACUGGUUUCGUGGGACGAACCUCACUUUAGUGACAAUGUGGGCGUUGCAAAAAUUUUAGAAAAGAAUGGCCACAGGCCGGGCCAAACCCUGCUGUGGGGUAUCUACCAAAUUUCGUACGUGGCGUUGGACGAAGCCGGAAAUUCGGCCACUUGCAACUUCAAAGUGUCUGUCUUAUCUGAAUUUUGCCCGGAAUUGCCUGAUCCGAUCGGGGGAGUCCAAGUCUGUAAAGACUGGGGUGCCGGUGGUCAGUUCAAAGUAUGCGAAAUUGCGUGCAAUCAAGGAUUGAGAUUCUCGCAAGAAAUCCCCAAGUUCUACACUUGCGGAGCUGAGGGCUUCUGGCGGCCAACAACCAACCCGAAUCUUCCCAUGGUAUACCCUGCUUGUUCUGCGACAAAACCGGCCCAACGCGUCUUCAAAAUUUCGAUGUUGUUCCCAAGCUCGGUGCUUUGCAACGAAGCCGGGCAAGGAGUACUCAGACAGAGGGUCCGAAACGCCGUCAACAGUUUGAACCGAGACUGGAAUUUCUGUUCAUUCUCGGUUGAAGGCACACGAGAGUGUAAGGAGUUGAAUAUUGAUGUGAAAUGUGACCAUAGGACUAGUCGUCAAGUGCGACAAGCGAACGAUGAAGAUGACGGUGGUACCUAUGUUGUUGAAGCUAGCGUACCGGCCGAAAAAACUACCCGCCAAGGACGGCAAUCAUCCAGCGACACCUACAACAUAGAAAUCUCCUUCCCAGCAGUAAACGACCCUGUCAUACAUUCUAACACUAACGAACGCUCAACCGUCAAACAUUUACUCGAAAAACUGAUCUUGGAGGAAGACCAAUUCGACGUUCGCGACAUUCUACCAAACACAGUCCCCGACCCAUCAUCCCUGGUGUUGGAAUCCGACUACGCUUGUCCAGUGGGACAAGUCGUCAUGGCCCCAGACUGCGUCCAAUGUGCCAUCGGUUCUUACUACGAUAAGAAAACAAAGACUUGCAUUCCUUGCCCGCAAGGAACGUACCAAAGCGAAGCCGGACAACUGCAAUGUAUCCAAUGUCCAGUCAUUGCCGGACGUGCAGGAGUCACAGUGGGAUUAGGAGCACGAAGUGCUUCCGAUUGUAAAGAACGUUGUCCUGCUGGAAAGUACUACGACCACGAUGCUGGGCUUUGCCGCAGCUGCGGUCAUGGUUUCUAUCAACCGGAAGAAGGUUCCUUCUCGUGCCAAAUCUGCGGGCUGGGCAAAACCACCCGCACUAGUGAAGCGGUUUCGCAAAAGGAAUGCCGAGACGAGUGUGAAAGUGGCAUGCAGUUGGCUUUGGAUGGUAAAUGUGAAGCCUGCCCCAGAGGUACUUACAGGACUCAAGGGAUACAAGCGGCUUGUCAAGGGUGUCCUUUGGGAAGGACCACACCCAAAUCGGGUGCCAUGACCAUUGAAGAGUGUUCACUGCCGGUUUGUACUCCCGGGACGUACCUGAACGGUACUUUAAACAGUUGCAUCCCGUGCAAGAAAGGGUACUACCAGUCCGAGUCGCAACAAACAACUUGUAUUCGCUGUCCGGAAAAUACAAGCACGAAGAGUACCGCAGCGACCAGCAAAGCCGAAUGCAUUAACCCUUGCACCAUGAGCGGGUCGGGCAUGCACUGCGACGCCAAUGCCCAUUGUUUGUUAAAUCCAGAAACGGGAGAAUUCCGCUGCGAGUGCAACACCGGGUUCAAUGGUACUGGCCACGAGUGUAGCGACGUUUGUGAUGGUUAUUGCGACAACGACGGCGUCUGUGUCAAGGAUAUAAGAGGUCAACCGUCGUGUCGUUGCAUUGGCAGCUUCACCGGUCGUCACUGUACCGAAAAGUCCGAAUUUGCGUACAUUGCCACCGGCAUUGCUCUAGCUGUCGUUAUCAUAAUUAUCAUCGUUUUGCUAAUUUGGAUGAUCUGUGCAAGGUCUCAUCGCAGGAAAGAACCAAAGAAACUGCUCACCCCCGCGACUGACCAGAACGGAUCUCAAGUCAAUUUCUACUACGGAGCUCCGACCCCAUACGCUGAAAGCAUAGCCCCGAGCCACCACUCGACCUACGCUCACUAUUACGAUGACGAAGAGGACGGCUGGGAAAUGCCCAACUUUUACAACGAGACGUACAUGAAGGAAAGCCUCCACAAUGGAGUGAAUGGGAAAAUGAAUAGUUUAGCUAGAUCGAACGCCAGUAUUUACGGUACAAAAGACGACUUAUACGAUAGACUUAAACGGCAUGCUUACCCAGGCAAGAAAGAUAAAAGUGACAGUGACAGUGAAGGUCAAUAGUUAAAUCUGGUCAGCAAUUUAUUAAAUGCUCAAGUAGCACAACAAAUUUCUAGUGAACAAUUUUUUCUUGUUAAUAUGUUUAUUAUAAGUACUACCAUAGUUGUUAAAUUAUAUUAAUGUAAAAUAUUAACAAUAUGUUCAGUUAUGUUGUGUGAUGUAAUUUUACAUAUUUGUAAUUCUCGUACCUUCAUCCGCUUAUUAUUUAUAGUCACGAAACUGUCUUUUUACUUUUUUAUACAAAUCGAAAUAUUAAUUAUUAUUGUAGUUAUUGUAAUUAAGUAGACUUCUGCUGAUGUAAUUAUUUUUAAUUAUUGUGUUUAAGAGUGCGUCGGAAUGAAUGUGAAAGUUUUGUACACAUAUUAUACUUUAUAAGAAUGACUGAAUAAAAUAUUA